AUGCAGUUCUUAAUAUUUCUCACUUUAAUAGGCUACAUACAAUGUGCAAAGAUUAUAGCCCUCUUCGCUCAUACGGGCAAAAGUCAUCACAUGGUAUUCGAGCCGCUUCUAAGGAAGCUUGCCCAAAAUGGCCACCAUAUCACAGUCGUGUCAUUUUUCCCGCUCAAAGAUCCACCAGAAAAUUACCAGGAUAUUAGCCUGCAAGGCAUCGCUGAUGUCGGAGUGGAGACCUUCGAUUUAGAAGCUAUAGAACAAAGCUUAGUCUAUCACAUCCCAAUUUUUGGGGAAGUCCUAAAGGAAACUGAAAGUAUGGCACCAUUUGCCGAAAUGGCGGUGGACAUCUGCGAAAAGGUGGUAAAAUGGCCUACGUUGAUUAAAGCUUUGAAACAGCAAUACGACGCUGCUAUAGUUGAAGUUUUUAGCAGCGACUGCAUGCUGGGACUGCUGCACGUAUACGGUAUCCAUGUACCCAUUGUGGGGAUAUCGUCAAGCAAUUUGGUAUCAUGGGCGUUUUCUCGUCUCGGCUUAGUUAAUAACCCCGGCUAUGUACCGAUUGUCAGCGCGCCGUGGACUAGUGAAAUGGACUUCGUUCAAAGAAUGCAGAACACACUUCUGGCAGCUCAUAACUACUUCUGGUACUAUUAUGGGGUUCAAGAGAAGGAACGAGGAAUUAUAGAGAGAGGUUACAAUGUGUCAGUGCCGCUAUAUGCCUUGUCUUUGAACUUUACUGUGCUGUUGGUGAAUACGUACCACGCGUUGAACGGUGUUCAGUACUCAGUGCCUGGUCUUAUUGAAGUUGGUGGUAUGCAUCUUAUCGAUAGCAGAAGGAAGUUGCCUCAGCCUCAGUUUGACCCGUGUAUUCGUAUUAUGGCGAUGCGCUAUAUAAUUUUUAUUGGCGUAGCCAUAGGCUUUGUAAAUUAUGUUCAUACGUCGAGGGUGCUGGGCCUCUUCGCCCACACAGGCAAGAGUCAUCACAUGGUCUUCGAGCCUCUGCUGAAGAAACUCGCAGAACGCGGCCACGAAGUCACAAUUGCCUCCUUCUUCCCCCUCCAAACCCCCAUGGCGAACUACACAGACGUAAGUCUUCAGGGUAUCGCCGAUAUUGGGGUGGAGACCUUCGAUAUCAGCCAGGUCAGAGAUUCUGGAUUUCUAUCCAAAAUACCGAUAUUAGAAGAACUUGUCAAAUUAAUUACAACGCCAGCUUCCCUGCCCGAUGUGAUCGGAAUUUGCGACAAAGUUGCAGUAUGGCCGCCGCUUAUUGCUGCUCUUAAAAAAAACUACGACGUUGUGCUGUUAGAGAUGUUUUUAAGCGAUUGUAUGCUCGGUCUAGUACACGUGCACGGGGUGGAAGCUCCAAUUGUGGGUUUAUCAUCGACCACUAUGAUACCUUGGGCCAAUAGUCGUAUUGGUCUGUUAAACAAUCCAGCGAUUGUACCUAUGGGGUUCGCUCCUGUCCAUCGAAGUUCGCUGCCAGAGAGAAUGCUUAGCACGUUUCUAUACGGAAUGAUGUCACUCGUGAAAUUAUAUUUCGAGUAUCAAGAGAGCGCUGUACUCCAAAAGCAUUAUGGUAUACAUGUUCCCCUUGGUGAAGUAGCACUGAACACAUCUUUGAUUCUGGUAAAUGCGUUUCACCCUUUGAAUGGUGUUAGAGAAACUGUUCCGGCUGUAGUGGAAGUUGGGGGAAUGCAUUUGGAUCAUUCAAGGCAGCAACUUCCAAAGAAACAUUCAAUGACUGAUUUAAUAUAG